UUAUCUAUAGAAUGAAAAAAUCGAUUUUCAACCAGAAUAUAGUCUCUCUUGAUCAAAUAUGUCGGUGAAAAUAGUUUCUCUGUUGCUCUUUGGCUUUUUCCUAACUCUGAACAACUUCACAGAAGCCAAAAUCAUUCGAACCGAACAUCACUUAGCUCCUAGUGAUUUGUUAGACGAUGCUCAAGCCCUGCUCGAUGAUCUCAGCGACCUCGUCGAAGGCAACAUUUUAGUAGCACAUGAUCAACUAAACAACUUGCGUUAUGAAGUAGUUGCUGAGAGUAUCAAUGUACGCCUACAAGCCGAAAUAGACAUCGAGCAGGAACAUCAAGUACUAGAUUUAGAAUUAACUAACUUGAAAGAGCUAGCUUUCGCCGCAGAAGCAGACAUCUCGUCGUGCCUGGAAGGAAACGAAGACAAACUAGCUGCUCUUCCCGACAGUUACACAAGUAGUAUGAGUGAAUGCAUCACUACUCUGCAACAAGGAAGUGACACAACACUCAACGAUACUCGAUAUCAAGUGGACGUUGUUUACAGCAGUGUUCGCAGUUUGAGUUUUGCUUUGGAUCAAUGUAGACGAGACGAAGAGUGCAUUUCUGGUGUGAUCGAUCAGAUUAAAGCUGCUACUGAAGAUUUGCCUCUGCAGAUUCAGGUGUAUGUGGACGGUGCAGAAGAUGAAAUGGACAUUGUAAAAGUUAAGAUACAAAACUGCGCUGAUACGAACCUUGCGAAUUUUGUGCUUGAGGGAAGUCAGAUUAUGGAUGAAAUCACUGACUGUGUAAAUGAUAUUAUUUAGUAAAUUUGGUUAUCUAAAAUAAAUAAAGUUAU